AUGUCGUACUCGUGACGAAAUCACUUGUCGUCGGAAGAACGCACGCGCCCUAAGCUUUUUGCUGAUGCAAGAGUGAAAAUCGGAAGUCGAGUUAAACGUGUUUUUGAAACCGAGCAAGCCAAAAAUCGUUUUUGAUUCAGCCAUCAUGUCAGAAGACGAGAUUUUAUUCGACCCCAGCACAACCAAAAAGAAGAAGAAGAAGAAGAAGCCCUUCAUGGUGGAUGAGGAUGGAGAUGGGCAGGGAGAGGAGGUUCAACAGCCUGAGCAGCAUGAGGUUGAGCCUGAUGCCGGAGAGGAGCGAGAGAUGGAGCCAGAAGAAGAUGAUUUUAAGAAAAAGGAGCCUUCGGAUGAUUUGGACGAUCUGAAUUUCUUUAAUCAGAAGAAAAAGAAGAAGAAGCCGAAGAAAACGUUAGACAACGACAUUGAAGAAGGCAUGAAGGAGCUGAAAAUUGAAGGAGAAGUGCUGCAGGAGGAGGUGAUGGUGGUGGAGGAUGAGGAUUUAGACCUGAUGCUACGAGGAAAGAAAAAGAAACCUAAAAAAGUGGAGUUUGCUGACGAAAGUGACACUGUGGAAAAAGAUGACGUCACAGAAGAUGAGAAGAACACUGAUGGCAUCACGUUCAGCUCCCAGUCGGGUCCGGCAUGGGCAGGUUCAGAGAGAGACUACACAUAUGAUGAGUUGUUGAGUCGUGUGUUUAACAUCAUGAGGGAGAAGAAUCCUGAUAUGGUGGCAGGUGAAAAGAGGAAGUUUGUGAUGAAGCCGCCUCAGGUUGUCCGAGUUGGGACCAAGAAAACGUCCUUUGUCAACUUUACGGACAUUUGCAAACUGUUGCAUCGACAGCCUAAACAUCUUUUGGCGUUCCUGUUAGCCGAGUUAGGAACAAGUGGAUCCAUAGAUGGAAAUAAUCAGCUUGUGAUCAAAGGACGCUUUCAACAGAAACAAAUAGAAAACGUUUUGAGAAGAUAUAUAAAGGAAUAUGUGACAUGUCAUACCUGCCGCUCACCAGAUACAACCCUGCAGAAAGAUACACGUCUCUAUUUCCUGCAGUGUGAAACCUGUCACUCACGUUGCUCUGUUGCCAGCAUUAAAACCGGCUUCCAGGCUGUCACUGGAAAAAGAGCCCAGCUUCGAGCCAAAGCCAACUAAUACAAUUUCAAUAUUCUGGUCUCUUGCUCACAUCAAUGCUCUGCCUGUCUUGCUGAUGACAAGGCAAAAUCCAUCCAUGCUACUGUCUUCUGAAGUGGGUGGACUGAUCCAGUAUGUGAUCCUCUGGAAUAAACUUUUAAAAGUUUUGGGUGUCAUUUCUAUAAAUAUAUGUGAAGGCGAACCUAAAUGGUCUGUAGCAAUCAGGCUGCCUCUGCUUUACCCGUUUUGUUAAUCUAAUUAUCUCCUGAAAUUAUACAUAGUUUUUUCUGCAUUCAGGAUAUCGGCAGUAAAGCAAAUUUGGUGAAUUUAUACUCUUAGAGCAGUAUUUAUAUUUCAGAGAAAUGUGCAGGGAUAUUAUUGGAUGGAAAAGGAAAGAAGAUUUACACAUUUUCCUUUGUGCUUUUGGAUCAGCUUGUCAUAUCAGACUUUGUCAUUUAUUAAAGGCAAAGUGAAUAGUCUCAAAAUAUGUUUUCAUAGAUAAGUCUCUUCAUGCACAAUCUCUGUGUUAAAGGUGGGUGUUCAGAGAUUGUAUUUGGGGAUUGUCUCAAGAAUUUAACAAAAGUAUGAAUCGCCUCUGAGGACUAAAAUACAAGUUCUUUUGAGUUAUACAAUAGAGAUACAAAUUGUGUUGUUUUCUUAUUAUAACAAUGUUUGGGCAGGAAAUGUCUGGCCAUGUUUCAAAGUUCUUAGAUUAAAACAAUGGCUUUUUGUUGACAUUUGAAAGAUUUUUUUUUAAAUAAAAAGUCAUUUUGUGGAAUAA